UCUGAAAAACAUUCUAUUGAUGGAUCAGUUAUCUUUAAAGAUUAUACAACUUCCAUUCCUCUGGAUGGAUCACUUAUCUUCUUUGAAAACUCUACAGCUUCCAUUCCUCUGGAUGGACCAACUAUCCCCUUUAAAGACUCUACACCUUCCAUUCCUCUGGAUGGACCAACUAUCCCCUUUAAAGACUCUACACCUUCCAUUCCUCUGGAUGGACUAACUAUCCCCUUUAAAGACUCUACAGAUUCCAUUCCUCUGGAUGGACCAACUAUCCCCUUUAAAGACUCUACAACAUUCAUUUCACAACUUUCAAGAAUAGAAGAAUCGAAAUCAAGAAUAUUUACAGAAGCUACGAGUCUGCCCACUGUCGUGUUGCUUACUGGUUCACUACCAAACAACAAAGAGACAAAUCUCCCAUCAUUUCUACUAAAACACACUCCUGCUGUGGAUCUUAUUGCUCCACCUGCCCAAACUUUUCAUUUUACAGAACUAAAGUCUGCAGUAUUUUACGACAUCAUACCAAGCUUGGUUGUUGAACCAGAUGAAAAAUUAAAAUCUGCCACUUUCAAAGAAACUUCGUAUAAUAAGAAUAAGCCUGAGGAAUUUCCAAAUAAAACAAGUAAAGAAGAUAACUCAAUAAAGUCGCCAUCAACAGAGUUAAACGAUUCUAAAGAAACAAAAGAACCCCAAAAGAACGUGAGCGAUGUUUUCAAAAAUGAACAUUUUCCUGUAAAACCAACAAACGUUUCCAUCGCAUCAACGAAUGAGAGAAAUAAAACAACACUAAAAACAGCUGAACCAACGAAGAUGAGUCCACAGGAUUUUAUCCCUUCCAUAUAUGUCUACAUCAUCUUAACGCUAGGGAUGGAAUGGCCAGAUUUUUGUGCUGAAAAAGAAUUUAUUCGCAAAGAAAUUGCUGAAGCAAUCUCUAAAAGGGGUGGGUUUGUGGAGGUCAAACAAAUAGUAUUCAUGAAAAGUGACGAACACUGUAGUUCUGUGUUUCACCAAGAACAAAUGUUGUCGAGUUUGAAGAACAAUGAAGAUCAGUUUAUAGAAGUAAAUUUAUUUUUAAUGGACAAAAAAGGAAAUUACGAUUUCAACCUGACGGAAACAUGUGGCGCCCUCAUGCAACUGGAAGCUGAUGAUUCCGAAAACACCAUUGGUAAUAGAAAAGUGUAUCGUGUACAAGUUGAAUUCAAGACCAACGAAGAAAGAGACCCGGUCUAUCCCCCUGCUGAUAACCCCAGAAAGAGUUCUUCCCGGGCAAACAUAGUGGUUAUAAUAGUGGCUUCUAUCGCAAGUGUUUGUGUAGUUCUGCUCGCUAUUCUUCUGGCUAUCAUGAAACAGCGACUUAAAAAAGCUGGUGGUUGUGAGCCUUCACACCAAGAAGCCUACAGUUUAGAUUCCUUUCCCACAGCUGCUAAUGUUCGUCGGAAAAAGUCUCGGUUUUCCAUGAGAUCAUUCCUUAAUCAGGCUUUCGACGAUCCGGACGAACCAUCACACCCUUUGAACUUUACUGGUCUGACAAAUUUCACGUGUAACGGUCAAGCUAUGGAAGACGAAUUUAAGAGUAUUCCCAUGAACAUGCCCCGAAUGGAUCAAGUUCCGACAGGAGCCGAAGUGAAGAACCGUUAUGCCAACGUAAUUCCUGAACCCAAGACACGUGUUCCUUUGACAUUAAUCAAGGGAGAACCAAACUCCAAUUAUAUCAAUGCCAACUUUGUGAGGGGUUAUGGGGGUCAGGCAAAAUUCUACAUCGCGUGUCAAGCGCCCCUACCGGAGACAGUGCCAGACUUUUGGAGAAUGGUUUGGGAACAACAGAGUAAAGUCAUUGUGAUGUUGACUCAGUGGGAAGAAGAUGGUGUGGCUCGUUGUGCUCCGUACUUCUCCGAAAAUAUAGUCGACUGUCAUCGUGUGUUCGGCGACUUCCAGGUCUCUUUACAAAAAACAGAUGUUCAAGAAAAUUACACUAUCUCAACUCUUCGUCUGUAUAAUUUGGAAGUAAGUCCACCAUUUUGUCAUAGAUUGAUGUCAUUAUUUGUGAUAUAUAGACGUUUGAGUAUUCUUGAAGGGCUAAGUAAAGGAUGUUGUAUCUCAGAAUGAAUUCAUUAGAAUUGUUCCUAAGAGUCGGUAGAGGCCGCUGUUAUACCACAAGCAACAUGCG